GCUUUACUAUCCAUAUUUCUUGAAGUUUCUUGCUGGCUGCUGAGAAACCCUAAUUAUUAGCUUCUCCCCAAAACCCUCCCUCUGUUCGUCGCCACCACCGCCAACUCUACCACAAUUUUGAGAGAUUCAUGGCAGGAGAAUCGGAUACUUCAACUUGUGCCUUAGCAUGCGUUAAGUGUGGAAAGCCUGCUAAUCUUCAAUGUCCUAAAUGUGUGGAACUAAAGCUUCCUCGGGAGGGCGCAGCAUUCUGUUCCCAGGACUGUUUUAAGGCAUCAUGGAGUUCUCAUAAAGCAGUUCAUUCAAAGGCAAAGAUUUCUAGUACUGGUGGACAAGAUUCGGGUUCUCUUAAUGAUGGUUGGUUAUAUUGUACAAGAAAAGGGCAGGGCCGGUCACCAAAGGUUCCCCAAUUUAAUUGGACUGGAACACUUAGGCCCCAUCCCAUAUCAAAAACACGUGUUGUACCUGCUCAUAUUGAUCGACCAGACUGGGCUUUAGAUGGAAUCCCAAAAAUUGAGCCUAACAGUGAUUUUCAGCAUGUUGUUGAGAUAAAAUCUCCAGAUCUAAUUUCCAGAUUGAAAGAGACUUCACGAAUUGCUAGGGAGGUUCUGGAUGCAGCUGCUCGUGUUAUUCGUCCUGGCGUGACCACUGAUGAAAUUGAUGAUGUUGUUCAUGAAGCAACAAUUGCUGCUGGGGCAUAUCCGUCUCCAUUAAAUUAUCAUUUCUUUCCAAAGUCUUGCUGCACCUCUGUUAAUGAAAUAAUAUGCCAUGGUAUUCCAGAUGCAAGGAAAUUGGAGGAUGGCGAUAUUGUAAAUGUUGACGUGACAGUCUAUUACAAAGGUGUUCAUGGAGAUUUGAAUGAAACCUAUUUUGUGGGCAAUGUUGAUGAAGAAUCUAAGCGUCUGGUCCAGAGUACUUAUGAGUGUUUGGAGAAGGCAAUAGCCAUUGUAAAACCAGGGGUGCGUUUCAGGGAAGUUGGGGAAGUGAUCAGUCGGCAUGCUUCGAUGACAGGUUUCUCCGUGGUCAAAUCAUACUGUGGUCAUGGCAUCGGAGAGCUCUUCCAUUGUGCACCAAAUAUUCCUCAUUAUUCAAGAAAUAAAGCUGUUGGCAUCAUGAAAGCUGGGCAGGUUUUUACAAUAGAGCCUAUGAUCAAUGCUGGUGUUUGGCGCGAUAGGAUGUGGCCUGAUGGUUGGACUGCUGUUACGGAAGAUGGAAAACGUAGUGCCCAGUUUGAACACACUCUUUUGGUGACUGAAACCGGUGUUGAAGUUCUAACAGCGCGAUUGCCAUCUUCACCCAACAUGUUUCCAUGGCUUAAUAGCUCAUCAUAGGAAAAGGGUUUCUUGAUUUUCAAUUUGGAGUUUUGUUGGGGGAAAAUAUUUUUACGACUAAAUUGUUGAAUUUUGAAUUGUUUUCUUUGGCAUUUAUUCUUUACUUGAAGGACAAAUAUUAUUGACCAAGUUUUUUUCAUCAUGGAUAUCUUUGUGCU